CGAAGCUGUUACGCUAACCGGAGACGACCAACGAAUGUACCGCUCCAACAUAUUACAUUCCUAUGAUUUGAAGCCUGUUAUAAGCUAAGUUCAAUGUAUUGGUUUCUGCUAUUCUGACUGCUGAGCUAAGUUUUAUGAUUUUAUCAAGAAGUGGCGUUUUACUUUACAAUGGGAGAAUCAUCUCAGGGAUUUAGUCGCACCUCUGUGAAGUAUGGACGCGCUUCUACCAAGUAUGGGCGCGUGACACGUAAAGGCGACGCCUCCGGGAUUAGAACUAGCGGGGAAGUCACGGUUAUCACGAGCAAAUCAACUGCGCAAUGGGUUGCAGAAAAUCUGCUGUUAAUACUAACCGUAGGUUCGGUUAUAGUCGGUGCCAUAAUCGGCAUUUUCGCGCGAGAAGCUGAGUAUACGGAGGAAACAAUUGUAUUGGUCUGGUUUCCCGGGGACUUGUUUAUGGCCAUGUUGAAGAUGUUAGUAUUGCCCCUUAUCGUAUGUUCUAUUGUGUCCGGACUAGCACAAUUAGAUCCGAAGUCAAGUAGCAAAAUGGGUAUUACGGCGUUCAUUUAUUAUUUCGCUACAACAACUAUCGCUGUUAUUCUCGGUAUCGUGUUGGUGAUCGCGAUCCAUCCUGGCGAAGCCCAGCUCGGAUGGGAAAGCAGACUGAUACAGGCUAAAAGGACUGUUUCGACUCUUGACACGGUGCUUGACAUUCUUCGAAAUAUGUUUCCUGAAAAUAUCGUGCAGGCGUGCCUCUCGCGUGCUAAGACGGAAUACGAAAAUACUACGUUAUUAAACAACGAAACCGGGAAGACAUCUUAUAAGAGGCAACGAAAAAUCCUCUUUAAGGAUGGCACUAAUAUUCUAGGCAUUAUUGUUUUUUUUACUAUGUUCGGAAUUAUUUCCGGACAGUUAGCAGAAAAAGUCGAUGUUGUGGCGAGGUUCUUUACGCAGACAAAUGAAAUCAUUAUGAAGCUCGUUCUUCUCGUCAUGUGGUUUUCACCACUUGGUAUCCUGUCACUGAUCAUUGGUAAGCUUAUCUCCGUCCAAGAUUUAAGCACAACAGCUGCACAGCUUAGUGUAUAUAUGGGCACCGUUCUCUUGGGGCUGUUCAUUCAUGCUUGUAUUACUCUGCCACUGAUCUAUUUCUGGAUUACACGACGAAAUCCCGGCGUUUUCAUAAAGGGGAUGCUGCAGGCAAUUGUCACUGCGCUAGGUACAUCUUCAAGCGCGGCCACAUUGCCGGUAACCUUGCGCUGUCUCGAGGAUAAUCUCAAGAUAGACAAUCGUGUAACACGUUUUGUAGUGCCAAUUGGAACCACAAUCAAUAUGGACGGGACGGCUCUGUAUGAAGCGAUCGCUGCAGUCUUUAUCGCACAAAUGAAUAACAUCAGCCUUAGUUUUGGAGACCUUGUGCUCGUCUCGCUGACAGCCACUGCAGCGUCCGCUGGCGCCGCUGCCAUUCCGUCAGCUGGCUUAGUUACAAUGAUUUUAGUCCUAACCGCUGUGGACUUGCCCACCGAAGAUAUCUCAAUUGUAAUUACUGUCGACUGGAUACUGGAUCGGGUCCGCACCACGGUUAAUGUCCUCGGAGACGCGUACGGUGCCGGCAUAGUAGCUCACCUAUCCAAAAAUGAACUAGGCGCGACGGAUUCGAAAAAGAUAGGCCAACAUAAGGCGACCGUAAAGGAGUUCCGCGCCAGGUAUAGUCAGAGUCAAUUGUUAUCGUCACGAAAGGAAUAAACCCGCAAGUGAUGCCUGAGUUUAAAUGUUGUUCAGUAAACCCCACGGCUCUCGGACGAAUUGUUCUGUUAUCAACGUUUAGCCCUCGAUGCCUUGAAAUAGAUCUGGCUGCAGUUCUUAUAAGAGGCCACUACAAGUUAAUACUUCCAAUCAAGACCAAGGGUGAGGUGUCCUCGAAAUCACGAGACGACAUAACAAAAACAUGGAAACACGAGUAAGACGGAACUCUACAGCCAGUAGAGAGUAUCACCAAUAGCAUCGAUGCGGUUAUAUUAUGUAGAAGAUGAAAUACGUGAAAUGGGUCGGAACCAGAUACCGUCAACGUUUAUUUGAGUGAAAUUUUGAUGUAAAGCAUAUGUUGUGGACCGCUGUGCAUGUACGCUGCGAUAGAAGCUAUCAUGCUUAGGAACAGCGCGCAACUCUUUCUUAAGUCAAAUAUUUUUUUUCGUGCUCAGUAACAGUGCGUCUUGGAUAUAUUUUUUUAUGACACAUAAAGUGAAACAGAAUUUUAAGUCUGCAGUAUUUCUCCACUGUGCAGUAUUUUUCCACAUAGACCUUAUCUACAAUAUACGGUCCUAUAAAAGGUAAUCUGUAAAAAAACGUUAUGAGUGUACAGUGCUGCCAUCAGAAUCAGGAGUUUCGACCAAUUUUUCAAGUAUUUCUCCAGCAGACUGAGAACUAAUGCAUUAUGUCAAACGAACUUCACUGUUACUAACCUAUUUGGUCUCUACUAUGGAUAAACUCCGUGCACUUACGCCUUGAUAUGGAACCGAUUCAAAUCAAAGCUUGCGGGAAUGACGACUGGUGGAUUUGUGUUUCUA